UAAUCACGACGAGUGAUAACAUUAUUUAGUUGAUAUAACUAUCAAUAAUGAGUCUCUUUACAAGUCCACCUCCAGUUGUUAAGCGUCUGAUAAGUUACAUUAAAGAAGGUUCUGACAAGGAAGAAAAGUGGAAAGAGAAAGCUGUGAAGUCACUGGUCAAAAGGCUAAAAAAUGGAACUCAAUUAGAUGAGCUAGAACGUGCUCUCGUUAGUCAAGAUCCAUCCACGAGAUGUGUUACAAUACCACGCUCCUUAGAUGGACGCUUACAGGUUGCUCAGAAAAAAGGGCUACCACACGUUUUUUACUGUCAACUCUGGCGAUGGCCAGAUCUGCAUACUCAACAUGAAUUGCGCCCUAUUGCUACUUGUGAAUAUUCCUUCCAGUCCAAACGUGAUGAGGUUUGCAUUAACCCUUACCACUAUAGAAGAAUCGAAAAUCCAGUGCACAAUUGAAGGAGAAGUUUCUGCUAUUGAAUGCCGAGAUGCGCGUUCCAAUACAAUUUCCCAUGGUCAGAAACUUCAAAAUAAAAGUGAUGACACAGUAACAAGUGACGAAACCACAAAACCGGAGAAAAUACAGAAAGUAUCUUACCCUCCACUUCUGACAGACUUAUUGACUAAACAGAGAGCACUAAAUAUUCCAAAGAUGGACGACUAUUCUAUGGCUCAACAAAAUGAAAUUCUCGACAAUUUACAUAAAUUGAAGUGUAAUACUUCAGAUGAACCAAUCGCUACAGCUAUUCAUGGCCCACUGACUAUAUUUUCACCAAUGCAAUUGGUACAACUGAGCAAGGUCUAUAGUAGUGAUCCAAGUCUUAUUGAGUAUGCAGUUUCUUUGCUUAAAUUUGUCCAGCCAGUCGGUCGGUGGGCUCGUCGUUGGGUUGCUAAACGUUUGGAUGCUGCAACAGACGGUCUACACUCUCAAGCUGUUUAUGCUCUUCAAUCUCAGUAUGAUAAUGAUAAAACUGAAUUACUUCAGAGUUGGUUUGACGAAGUGGAUUUAACGAUCGAUCCUCCUACUCUAAAAUCUGAUGAAGUUGAUACAGAACACCUUGAACCUUGUCUACUUGAUCUUCUAAUGGAUGACGAUACAGUUACUUCUUGUAAUAGCAAUACAAAUGGCCCUGUACUGCCUACUGAUAAUGAACAUGUUUCACUUAUUACUGACGUACAAAUAUCAUGCAUUAAAAAUGAAAACGUAAAUUCUGUAAAUACUUCAAAUUUGUCAAACCCUGUCGAUGUAACGUUGACAGCAGAUUCUUGUGAAACAUCAUUUUAUAAUACUUCUGUAUCCGCUUCUGAAGUCACUGUUUCCGCACCGAGUUCAACAAUAAUUCCACAACAGAAUUCCUCACUGAAUAAUGAACUUGAUGAUGUCAUAAUUUGUGACUCAUUACCGUCAUCUGUUUCAACGUCAACUCCUUGUGAAAAUAUUACAGCACCCAGUGAUAACCAGUCAAUUGGUCAAGUUGCACUGGUCGCUACCAAACCUUCUGAAGGACAGGCGCUCUCUGAUGAAUGUGCUUCAAAUGUCAAAGUUGUAGAUGAUGUUGUUUGCUCUAGUUUCUCUAGUUUAAGCGAUCUUAAAUCAGAUUGCUUUGUUCACGUAAAAAGUGGGCAAACAUCUGAAGCCCCAAGUGAUAGUUCAACGUCACUUUUGAAAACUGCUCUCAGCGCUGCCUCUUCAUACUCUCUAAGUUCUUCACAUGAUCGGAUUGUUGUACAAAAUAAAGUAAUUUUAAAUGCAGGAGAAGAUAGUACUAAAAAUCUCUCCUCAAGUGACGGCUUAACUACCACCAUGCCAGCAACUAGCUUGCAGCAUAGUUUGUUUUUGGAUUCCCAUCUUAUUACUCACAAGGAAAUUCCUGCUGUUGAAACACACGCGGAAAAUAGUCUCCCAGUGAAUCAGAGUUACGACACGAUCAAUUAUGCAGAAGUCAAUUCGUCGACUGUAUGUCAACUUCAAAAUUCAUGUGUAAGAAUAGGCGUUGAUAUGGAUGCUAGUUCCACGUCAUCUACAGAUACUGACAACGCCAAAUCACUUCCAUUGUCAGAUUUAAUCUCAUCAGAUAUUUCCCAGACUAAUCAUAAGUCACCGGAAACUAAUGCUGAUAAUACAUUGAUUUCUUGAUCUUAGGUUUAAUAUUUCAAAGACAAGCUAACUGUACAUAUGAAUGCAUGUAUAUACUACACACUGCUUACCAUAAGGUUACCAAAUUGUACAAACUUAUUUACUACAGAGGAGUUUUUACUUGAAUAGACUUUAAACAUGUUUUUGUCCACAUUAUUUUUUUCUUUCUUCAAAAACUGUUCUAACAUCCUAAUUUUUCUGAACUUCAGAUAUGAUUAUUCGGUUUGUUAAAUAAUCAAAUUUAUCGUAGCACCAAAAUGUUUAGUAUAAUGCUCAAGUUAUACACACCAAUAUGAUGUAGCUAAAUGAAGAAGUAUUCAUCUCAGUAACUUUCUUUGUAACUGUGCUCAUACCACUUAAGCAUAAUAAUAAUAAUAACAAUUCCAUUUUAACUAUUGUUAGACUUUUACGACAUUUCAUGGAAGCCAGAUCAAUAUAGAAGUCCAGGAAACAUCAGAACCUGACGUCAACUGGAAAGGCAUUGAAAACCAAGGGAGACUGAAUGUCAGUUUGACACUCUCCAGUAGUACGCACGGCAACAUGACGACCG